GUAUGCCCAUUUGCCAAUUUUAACCGUACAUGUAUUUUUUUUGUUUAUCUACAUAUGUUCUUAUAACCGCGUUUUAAAUUUUUCAAUUUUUUUUUAAUGCUUUGAAAUGGAUUUGCAUUAUAUGUUGAGUUAUAUUCCUAUUUUUGAUUAAGUAUAAUUUUACUUUUUUUUGGGGGGAUUUUUUUUCAUAUUUAAUUACAUGAAAUAGAAAGGGCUAGAGGGAUUAAAAGUAAAAGAGCGGUUUGUUUUGAAUAAUUGGAAGUUAUUCAUUCGUGCGAAAAAGAGCAUACUAAGUAUAUAGGUAUGUACUUCUUUUCAUUUUCGAUGUUGUGAAUUAGUUUUCUUUUUAUUUUUAUAAAAAGAAUGGCUGGAAAUAUUUACUAUGACGAAGAGAUCAUAACCCCAUCUACUGAUAGACUAGACGGGAAACCAACACUUGGUUCUUUUUUUAAUAAGGAUGGUUUAUUAAUGAGAACGUUUGGAUGGUUGGUUCGAAAUGCUGUAGGUGUUAUAGUAUUGGUUCAUGGUCUAAAUUCACAUGCAAGGUUAACCUUUUUAAGGCAUAAUGUUGAAAUAGUGGAUAACUCUAAGGCUAUAUUAAAAGAUGAAAACAAUUAUUACGUGUACAAAAAUAGCUGGAUAGAACAUUUCAAUAAUAAUGGGUAUUCCGUGUAUGCCUUAGAUUUACAAGGACACGGGCUGUCCGAUGGGUGGAAAAACUUAAGUCUUAAUAUUAACAACUUUGAUGAUUUAGUGCUUGACGUAAUACAAUUUCUUAAUAUAAUUAAUGAUGAAUUAUGUUUAAAGGAUAAAGAAAAUGAUUCCAAGGCAACUUGGUAUAACGUUGAGGGUUGUGCUGCACUAAGUGAUGGUGACAGUGAAGGUAAUAGUGAUGAAUGUAGCAAAAAUGUGGGGGGUAAUAAUGACCCGGAAAGCGAUAAUGAACCCAAAAGAGAUAGCGAUCCCAGCAGCGACAACGUUCCCCAAAGCGAUAACGAACCCAGCAGCGAUAGCGAUCCCCAAAGCGAUAAUGAACCCAGCAGCGAUAGCGAUCCCAAAAGCGAUAACGAACCCAGUAGCGAUAAAGAACCCCAAAGCGAUAAUGAACCCAAAAGUGAUAAUGAACCCAAAAGUGAUAAUGAACCCAGCAGCGAUAGCGAUCCCAAAAGCGAUAACGAACCCAGUAGCGAUAAAGAACCCCAAAGCGAUAAUGAACCCAAAAGUGAUAAUGAACCCAAAAGUGAUAAUGAACCCAAAAGUGAUAACGAACCCAGCAGCCAUAACGAACCCAGCAGCCAUAACGAACCCAGCAGCCAUAACGAACCCAAAAGCGAUAAUGAACCCCAAAGCGAUAACGAACCACAAAGCGAUAGCGAACCCUGCUGUAGUAAAGAAUGUAAGAAUAAUAAAUGUUCUUCACUUCCAAUAUUCUUAGUCGGCCAAUCAAUGGGAGGAAAUAUUGUUUUAAGAACAUUACAACUGUUAGAGAAGACACAAAACGAUGGGAAAGGAAAACUAAACAUUCAAGGAUGUAUCUCAUUAUCCAGUAUGAUUUCUUUUCAGAAAAUAGCUUCACCACGUUCAUAUAAAUAUAAAUAUUUUUAUUUACCAUUUUCAAGAUUAAUCAGUGGCUUCUUUCCAACAUCAAGAGUGGUUACAAAAAUGGAAUUUCAAAAAUAUCCCUAUCUUAAUGAUCUUGCUAAUUUUGAUAAAAUUCGAUCCAAAAAUGGGAUAACCGUAAAAUAUUGGUAUGAACUUCUAAAAGCAACGAGUAACUUAGAGAGUGAUAUGGAAUUUAUCCCCAAAGAUAUUCCCAUAUUGUUAAUUCAUUCCAAAGAUGAUAUUUUUUGUUAUUACAAAGGUGCAUUAUCAUUUUUUAAUAGAUUAAAUAAUGAUAAUAAAGAAUUGAUUACAUUAGAAAAUAUGGAGCACGGGUUGACCGCGGAGCCUGGGAACGAAAAGGUCUUAGAAAACAUCGUAGAUUGGAUUGAAAAUUUACACACAAAAAAAGAAAUGGCCCAACCUUUAGAGGCAACAUAA